AUGUACCACUAUCUACUCAUACAUAGUGAUCAAGUUGAAAAGACUUUGUCAAUAUUGUUGCAUGAGGAAGAAGAGUUUUCUGGUGAAACAUUGAGAAAUGAGGUUGACUUGCUAGGGAAAGAGGUUCAAAUGAUAAAACAGAGACUACAAAGGGUAGUUUCACAAAGGAAUAAAUUAAGUCUUCAUCAUGCAGGUUUGACUAACAAACUUUUAAAACUGAGUGGUGUUGUUCAGGAGCAUAAACAAAAAUACAAGAGCAGUCUUGAGUCCAGUCAAGCUGACAAUACACAGAUGAAUUCCAGUUUGAAGCAUUUGGAAGAAUCUGUUUCACAGAUGGUAGCAUUGUACAGGGGAGAAGAAGGUGGGAAUGAUUCGGCUCCAUUUUUAUCACAGUUGCCCUAUGACAGUUACUUCACAUCUGAGGAAAGAUUUACUGGAGAACUAACUGCUUAUACCAGGAAACAGUUCUUUGAGGGAAUUGCUGAGAUGGCUGGAGGACAAGAGAGAUCAAGAUAUGAAUUACUGGAAAUAAGUGAUCCUUCGACUCUGCUAGUGAGAGGUGAGAAUAAUGAAGUUAACCUCAAUGACUGUCAAGAGCUUGCAAGACUGCAAUCUGUUUAUGCCUCAAGUGAAAGUAGAAGAAUUCAUAAUAUGGCUACAGCAUCAGGAGUUACUACAGCAGUUAGAGUAGCUGAGGAGAAGCUAAAAAACUUGUCAUGGGAAACAAACCCACCAAGCAGUGAUAUGUUAAGUGCCAAAUUGACUGAGGUACAAAAGGCUCUUUCCCAAGUCAAGAUGGAGAUUGGAGAGCUCACUGAGAAGGCCCUUCCUGGGUUGGUGCAGGAGCUAGGGGAGCUCCAAGCAACAAGUAUCUUGAAAGGGGACUAUGAGUUGAAAAUAGCAAGACAAGACUACUUCACAUCCAAACAAGAGCAGGUCAUCACCCAGCUUUUGCUUCAACGUUCUCGGCACGAGUUUCUCUCAAUGGCACUUGAGGUUGAAGGACGCAAGAACCGUGACAUUCAUCGUUUGUUUAGCACCUUGGAGAGUACACUUGGUAAUGCAGUCAAUGGAAUCGAUGCGCGAUUUACAAUUAUGGACGAACAUGCCCUUCACCCUCCCCACCCAUCCCGUGGGACAAUUGACAGCCGAGACCAUUUUAUGGAGGGGUUGUAUCGUGUUCUUGAAAGCUCACCCAAAGGGGAGGAGGAAAGCAAGAAGGAGAUUUUUCUAGCGUAUAGUCAGCUUGUGGAAUGGAGUCAGCAGUUAGCUGGACAGCUGGAAUCAUUCACUAUGUCCCUGGCCACCUCGGGCAGCAGACAGGAGGAAGCCUGGAAACAACUGGAGAGUAACCUUAAACAGGGUAUAAAGACGAUGUAUGGAGAAUCUGCCACGACUGGUGGUCUUCCUCAGUUGAGUCCACAGCGUAUUGCAGAUGGUCUCAGUCAGCUUGAUGAACUUCUGGUCACCUUAGAGAAGUCCAUUAAAGAUAUUAUCAAAGACUGUGAAGCCAAGAAAAAGGUCCUUCGCUCUGACAACCUGAAGCUUAUGGAAAGGGAGCUGUUUAUAUAUUUCUUCACAGACCCUCCACGUCUGAAACGUGCCAUCGCUGAGUUAUCAGCCCGCGUGGACGCGCAAAUAGUCUCCUCAAAAUGAGAGCUGUGUAC